GAUCGCAAUCUGCCGAAGGUCCGCGCACCAACGCAUUGCAGCACAACACCAGGGCCAGCGGAGCGACCUCAAGACUACCCACAAUUGCAAAAUGCGUGACAUCCUCAAGACCGAAGAGCUUGACAUUCCUGAAGGCGUGACUGUCGAGAUCAAGUCUCGUGUUAUCAAGGUCACAGGUCCCCGUGGAACACUCACGAAAAACGUUCGCCAUGUUGACAUGGAUAUCCGGGCAGUCAAGGCUGGGAAGGACAAGAUUAAAGUUACCCUGGCUGUCUGGAAAGGUGGCCGAAAGCAUAUUGCAUGCUUGCGCACCAUCAGAAGUCUUAUUAACAACAUGGUCAUUGGGGUGACGAAGGGUUUCCAAUACAAAAUGCGUGCCGUGUACGCGCACUUCCCCGUCAACUGUAUUAUCCAAGAACAAGGACAGUCAUUGGAGAUCCGUAAUUUCCUCGGGGAGAAGACUGUUCGCCAUGUCAAGAUGUUGGAUGGUGUUACGAUAUCAGAGUCCAAGGCUCAGAAAGACGAACUCAUCCUCGAAGGCAACGAUAUCGAAAACGUCUCACAAUCAGCUGCCUCUAUCCAGGGUUCCUGCAGAGUACGGAACAAGGAUAUCCGUAAAUUCUUGGAUGGUAUCUACGUGUCCGAACGGAGGACCAUCAUCCAAGAUUAGAUGUGAAUGCCAUGCUUUGCCACAUGAAAAUUCAUACUAUUGUCUUGAUCUUCACCAUGUACAUGAUCAUGCAUUUCAUGCCUUCCCGUGCU